GUGUUGAUCUCUUUGAUCUCGCCAUCUCGUUCAUUUACAGCCCAGCAGAAUGGGUAGCUCAAGCCGAUUGAGAAUUCAGCUCUUGAUGCUGCUGAUGGGCGCAAUUACCGUUAGCGCUUUGCCGACUAUAAAGCAGCAGGGACAGCUGGGCGGGGCCAACUAUGUGCAGCAGCUGGACAAGAGCUUCUUUCAGCCACGUGAGGUGGAGCAAACCAUAGACGAAGUGCAGAAAAUAUUGGCCAAUGAUCCGGCGUUGCCCAGGCUAACACGCGGUGAAAUCGAAGAACUGUACGAGAAGGUCACUCGCGAGGAGUACGAGAAGAGCAUCGAGGCGGGCGACAUGAGCCGAGCGGACAGCAUGCGCGCCCUGAUGCUGGUGCUGCCCUACAACACGGACAACAACACCGAGGAGAACCUGCAGGAGCUGUACACCCGGCCACCGGUGACGCGCGUCAUUGACGCCUACACGCCGCCGAAUCCAAUUAAGUUCAUCACGCCCGAUCCUAACGCAAUGCCGCGCAGCACUGUGCCCGGCGGCAAUCCGGCCGUGGCGGCCACCACCUACAAGCCCCUCUACAGCAGCCUGCAGAAGCAGCUGGUGCCGGCGCCCACGGCGACCACCUAUCAUCCGCCAGCGCCGGCGCCGGUCAUGUACCAGCUGACGCCGUCGCUGGGCAAGCCCAGCAUGGACUUCCAGCCGGUGACGCACGGAGCACAGACCUACGACUAUGCCCGACCACAGGCCACGGCGGCGCCGCCCCGUGCUGCCGCCCAGACGGGUCAGCGCUUCAGCUCGCACUACAGCGCCAAGAAUGCGCAGUUCCUACGCAAGCCGGCAAGGCCGCAGGCUCAGGGUCAGGCUCAGAGGCCGGGACAGGGACAGGGACAGGGUCAGGGCAUCAGUCACAGCAGCGCCGUGAAGCCAGUGGCGGACAUACUCGAAAGUCUGGGCAUUGUGGGCGGCGCUGGCGCUGGUGCUGGUGCCCAGGGCUCGCACAAGCGUUUCGCCAUUGACGACUAUUAUCCGGCGGAGAGUGCACCGCAGCCUGUCGUGGCCGUGGCGGACUUGCGUGGGCUGCAGGGCGCCCGCAUACGGCCCGAUGCCUACUCCAACUUCAAGCCACUCAACAUUGGCGAGGAGCUGCGCGUCAAGCCCGAGGUGGAGGGCUACCUGACACGGUUUGGCAUUGUGAAGAAGUCGCCCAAGGCGCUGAAGAAAUCUCAAGCGGGUGCCACAGGCACAGCCAACGCCACGGAGGAGCCAGCGGGCGCCCACACAGAGCUGUCGACGGCAACGGCCAAGGUUCCACCGCAGAGCAAUGCAGAGCUGGCCAAGCUACUGGAAAAUCUGCAGGAGCUGGAGCGCUUGCAGACGAAGGGUGCACGGAAGGCAGCCAGCAGCAGUCCGGCUAGCACCACAGCGGCGACGACGACAACGAGAACCACCAGCACCACAACAACCACAACCGCCGCACCGCCCACAUCGGUGCCGACGGCACAGCUAAUCACCCACGGCGCACCGCUGCUCAUCGAGCCGAAGAAGCCGCGUCGCCGCAUCGAUCCCAACAUUGACAUCAACUUUGCGAACUCGGGCAACCAGCAGAAGACGGCCAGCGCCACGGAUGAGCUGUCCAAGCUGCUCCAGAAUCUGCAGGAAUUGGAGAAGCUGAAGAUUAAUCCAGAGAAUGUGCUGAAGGCGACGAGCUCUGGCACUCAGGCGCUCAGCAAUCGCUUCAGCGUCAGCAGCAGCACCACCACUACCACCACCACCACCAAGCCAACCACCAGCAGCACAGCGGCCAGCAACGAUGCACGCGAGUUGCAGCUCAUUCUGCGCCAGCUGCAGCAGCUGGAACAGUCGAAUGCCGUGCGCAAAGCCACAGCCACAACCACAACCACCAGCACCACAGUGCGUCCGAGGUCGUCGCUGGGCCUCGGCUUGAACUUCGAUGCGGCUCAGACGAAUGCGCUCGGCGCGGCAGAUCUGCUCCAGCUGCAGCGCUUGCUCAGCGACGACAGAGAGCUGGAGCGGCUCUAUGAGCAGGCGCGCAACAACAAGAAGGCUGCCAAGAUUGGCACCACAAAGGCCACCACGACGCCCACAACGACGACGACGACGACGACGACGACAACUACGCCGCGUCCCACCAAGGCGGCCGCUGCCGUGGACCACGCCCAGUUCGAGGCGUUGAUAACGCGCGUGCAGCAGCUGGAGCAGCUGCAGCAGCCGCAGCCAACCCCGCCGGGCUUCAGCACACGCAACGUGGCUGGCCACGGCUUGGCUGGGAGCCUGAGCCUGCCCAGCAACGACUACGCGCAACUGCAGCAGCUGGCGGGCACCGCACAGCUGGCCUACGACCGGGAUCUGGGCCAGGUGGAGAUCUCGACGGCGGCCUCGACGGGCAAGCAGCGACAGCGGCCGCUGAGCAGCUUCGAGCGCAGCAAUGGGCUGCUGCAGGAUGUGCAGCCGCAGGACUACGUGCAGCUGCAGAAGCUGCUCAGCAAGGUGCAGGAGCUGGAGCGCGUGCAGCUGCAGGAGGCGCGCCCGACCACCGGCCAUCAGCUGGUCACAGCCGCCUCCGUGCGCACCCAGAACGUGAAGAGCCUGAACGGUGCACAGAUUGUGUACGCGCAGCCGGCGGCGAUGCCCGAUCCCGAUCCCGAGCUGAAUCUCAAGCUGGAGCUGCCCGUGUACAAGCAGCCGGGCGUAGCUCCGGUGCACACAACUCCAAUGCCAAAUGCUGCACAGGCGGAGCUCAGCUCCAGCGAGGAGCUGCGUGAGUUUGCCAUGUCCCAGCCGGCCCAUCCGCAAAUGAACCAGAACCAGAACAAGAAUCUGAAUCGGGAUCAGGACUUCAGGCAGUUCCAGCAGUUCUUCAGCAGCCUGGAAGACAAUGGCGAGCGUCAGAGCUAUCAGAAUAUGCAGCCCAUCUACAAGACGGUGACGCCGGCUCCGGUGACCCAAGCCGCAGCACCACCCGCACCAACCGCUGCACCGCCAACGACCAAGCCGACGCCAAAGCAAGCCGACUUGGCGGAGCUACAGAAAUUGCUCUACAAUACGCAGCAGCUGCAGAAGCUGGGCGUGGCACUGCCCAACGAGCUAUCCCAGCAGCUGGAGAGUCAGUUCCAGCCUAGCACCACCCCUAGCAGCACAACCACCAGCACCAGCACCAGCACCACAACAUCCACAUCCACCACAACCACGCCCUCACCGCCCGCAUCGCCAACGCCCACGCACGACUCCUCCUCGCCGGCGGUGUUCUCGCUGACCACCAGCAAGCCGGCGUCGCCACGCCCACCGCGGCCCCAUCCCACCACCGAGAGCAGCGUGGAGCUGCCCGUGUUCAGCGCAACGAAGAUUAUCGAGGCGGCCAUCAAGCGGGCGGCCAAUCGCAUUGGCGUCUCCACGGAGCAGCCAAUGGGCCUGGCUGCGGGCGCUUCCGGCUUCCGGCGACGCAGCGAUGAUGACAUGGACGUGGCCGCCGAGGAUGACCAGGCUGGCGUGCUCGAUGGCGACCUGAUGGCCGAGUUCAGCGAGCUCAACUAUCAGCUGGCCAAGCCAGAGUCGCAGCCGGAGGCCCGCGAGCAAGUGGCGCUGGGCGACAAUCUGGGCGAGCUGCAGCGGCUCAUCAGCAACCUGCAGCAGCUGCAGCAGCUCAACGUGAGCCUGGGCCAGCCGAAGCCGGCUGCGUCGCUGGCCAGUCAGGCGCAGUCGCAGGCGGACGCCAACUACCUGCAGUCGCUGCCACCGGGCAUCGAUACCUUCAAGCCGCGCAGACAGAGCGAGGACAACAGCACCACCACCACAGCGAGCACCACCAGCUCAACUCUGGCCGAUUCGGAUGAUUCGGAUGCUUCGGUGACAACACAAUCGCCCACUCGCAUUAGCCUGGACCUGGGUCUGGGUCUGGGCCAAGGAGAUGAGGACACCGCCACGCAGUCGAGCAGCGAUGGAGAUAUUAACACAAGCAGCACCACCGARUCAAGCAGCUCCUCGACCACGGAGGAGUCACGCAACGGCUCGCUGGACGAUCUGGCCAAUUCGUUUGGGCCCGACCCCGUUUCCGAGGAGCCGCCACCGCCCAAGAAGAAGAAUGGCUUCUAUUUUCUAGCCGAUUGGAAUUCGUUCCUUGAGGUCGGCGAUGGCGAUGAUCAGGUGGUAGUGCGUCUCAGUCCCAAAAUUGGCGAUCCCCGUGACUUCCUGGCGUUCUAGGGAGCUCUGGGGCGGUGCCAAUCAGCUGGCAGUGUAUAUAGUUCUUAACUGUACCGUUAACCAUUAACAUAAAMCCUAUCUCUAUCGUAAUUAUGUGUGUGCGCGUUGUAUUUAUUUUAGUCACUGGAUUUUUCAUUAUUAUUAUUUUAUUUUUUUUUAUCCUCCGCCGCCUAAGGACCUCGUCGCGGGUCGUAGUCAUAAGUUGGGGCCUAAGCCUAAGUUCUAAGAGUCAAUAACAAAUGGAAAAGAAGAAGA